UGGAGGCCCCAGGGCAAGGAUACUAGUCUGCCAUGCUGUGCCGUCUGACCUCCAGGCUGCCAGCCAGGAUGUGGGGCAGGACUUCAGAGAAGCAGUCAUGGAGGGACAACAGUCAGAUGCCUUCCUCAUGUCUUAUCCAUAGACUUGACCACAUCGUGAUGACAGUAAAGAGCAUCAAAGAUACAACUAUGUUUUAUUCCAAGAUCCUGGGCAUGGAGGUCAUGACUUUCAAGGGAGACUGAAAAGCACUGUGUUUUGGAGACCAGAAGUUUAACCUCCACGAGGUGGGAAAGGAAUUUGAACCCAAAGCCGCUCACCCAGUUCCUGGCUCCCUGGACAUAUGUCUGAUCACAGAGGCGCCCUUGGAGGGAGUGGUCCGGCACCUCCAGGCUUGUGAUGUCCCCAUUGAGGAGGGUCCAGUCCCCAGGACGGGGGCUAAAGGGCCUAUUAUGUCCAUCUACUUCCGAGACCCUGAUAGAAACCUGAUUGAAGUGUCCAACUAUAUCUCCUCGUGAUUGAGGCUGGCCCUCCUCCAUUCUGUUCCCUGCGAUGUUGCCCUCUCCCUUCCUUCCUGCAAACCCUCGCCCAGGCCCAGAGACCUCCAAGGACUGAGGACUUAGGCAUUUCAUACAUCCUUCUGGGGGGACCUGAGAUGGGUUUGGGACCAAACCCACACGUCUGAAUGUCCUCCAUCCAAGC